AUGCCCGUCUCGACGAAAGAAAAGGCGUUUGGCGCUCAGGACUUCAUUGCUUUUGACUUUGGCGCAGGAUCGGACGAUGAUGAUGCUGCUGCGCCUGGACCCUCGACGUCAACGAGAGAUGGCCGCGCUGGGAAAGGGCGCGAGGAUGACCGCACGUCCCAAAAGAGUAGGAAGCGCAAGGCAGAUCAUCGGGAUGAAGAUGGACGAUCCAAAAAGGAGCGCGAGAUGGCUCGCUCGCGACACACCCCUUGGUCGGCCGAUGUAGAAUGGAGCAAGUGUCAGAACGGCGCAGAGGCGCUGCAUCGCGAGCUCAUCGCGUUCGACCACUGGAUGGCGCCUACCAACGCCGAGCACGAAACGCGCUGCAUGGUCAUCGAACUCAUCAGUCGCGCCAUCAAGUCUCAAUUCCGUGACGCUGAGGUCCAUCCUUUCGGAAGUCAAGAGACAAAGCUAUAUCUGCCACAAGGCGACCUCGACCUAGUCGUUGUCAGCAAUUCCAUGGCAAAUCUGCGAAUACAGUCGGCGCUGCGUACAAUGGCCGCCUGUCUGCGACGCCACAACCUCGCGACCGACGUCCAGGUCAUAGCCAAGGCAAAGGUGCCCAUCAUCAAGUUCGUUACCACCUAUGCACGCCUCAAAGUCGAUAUCUCGCUCAACCACACCAACGGUCUCACAACAGCCAGCUACGUCAACAGCUGGCUGCGGAAAUGGCCUCACAUCCGACCGCUCAUUUUGGUGGUCAAAUAUCUGCUCAUGCAGCGAGGCAUGAGCGAAGUCUUUUCGGGGGGUCUUGGUAGCUACAGCGUCAUCAUCAUGGUGAUCAGCUUCUUGCAACUCCACCCGAAGGUGCAGCGGGGUGAAAUUGAGGCUGACAGAAGCCUGGGCGUCCUUCUCCUGGAGUUUCUCGAGCUCUACGGCAAGAACUUUGGCUACGACAACUGCGGCAUCUCCAUCCGUGGCCGAGGAGGGUACUUUAGCAAGGCUCGCCGCGGCUGGAAAGAUGAGAGGCGCCCCUUUAUGCUCUGCAUCGAAGAUCCGCACGAUCCUUCCAACGACAUCUCCAAAGGUUCGUUUGGCAUCAUCAACGUUCGCUCGACGUUGGCGGGUGCCUUCGACAUCCUCACCGCCGCCAUCUGUCAGCAAGCCAAUGAGGGCAGCUCCAGGUUGCCGAGCAAUCUCGAUAAUGCUGGUCGCCGUGAGGCAUCCGGCAGCAAGCAUCGUCGCUUCUCGGUAGAUUCAGACUCUGACUCGGAUGCUGAGGCUCGUCGAGCGCUUGUGCGCGACUCGACCGCUCCGGGAGGUAAGGACGACAAGGACCCGAACAGUCUUCUUGGCACCAUCCUCGGCAUCUCGAAUCCCUUGGUCCGACAGAGAAAGGAGAUGGAAGAGCUCUACUUCUCCGGAUCGCUCCAGUUCAAGCUGGGCAGACCAGCGCCGGCGAGCAGCCCACCUCCGGCGCGAUCGUCGAGUUCAUCUUCACGUGCCGAGCCUCUUGCGGCCCGCAUACAACAUUCGGCGCCUUCAUCUUCCGCUGCGCAAGCAUCGCAAAACGCAAAGGCACGGGGAGAUAGUGGUGUUGUCUCGAUUGAUGACGCCAAGCGCAUUCAAAUGCCGACCUUGUCGAUUCGAGGAGCUGCUUCUGCAGUCAACAAGUCUAGUCAAACCUCAGCGAUGAUCGACGAGCGCGGAUCGAAACGUCGCAACGAAGGCUUCGACCCUGCCUCGCCAGGCGCGGGCGACGACGAUGCGGGUCGCGAAGGGUCGAAGAAAGCCAGGCGCGAAGCAGACAGCGAGGAGGAGGAUUCUCGCUACAAAGCCACUCGGACAGCAAAGGGCGGCUCGCGUUCUUCAGCUGGCAGAGGCGCGCGCAAGGCACAGACCGAGAUCACCCAAGCCGAUCUGGAAGAUUUGUCGCAUUCGGCGCCGUCCACAUUCGUCUCUGAAGAUGAUUCCGACGACGAGGUGGCGCGCGGCGAAGGAAAGAUGCAGCUGCCGACUCUCUCUGGCGCAAGCAGCGCCAAGGCGUCGCCAAAAAUGGGGGAAUCGUCUCCGAGAGGGAUUGCGCGCAUCUCAUCACGCGCGAAGCACGACUUUUGGACAGGAAAGGGGGUAGACAAUCAGUCUAAGGAGGCUUCAGGCUCUCCACCACCAUAG